GAUAGGUUUUCUGUGACGACUGGCUUCACAUUGUUCAGUGGACUUCGGACCUUUUCUUCUCUCUGUUAAUCACUUUUUGACCUGCUGUGGGAGACCAAGGAGCCAGCACGUGUAUGCAUACGCGUGUGAUGGGCAGACAUGCUGGACGUUCUGAUUGUUGGUGGGGGUCCCCAUGCCCUGACGCUGGCCACUCUCCUCACCCACCCGAACCACCCCAUCCCACCACUGGAUGGCGCCAUCCUGGACGGCAUCCAGCUGAGCACAGCGAAGCCACGGCCCAGUCGGACUAAGAGCAAGAAGAGAUCAGCUGCAAAGCCAGAGGUGCAUGAGCUGGCCAAUGUGGAGCAGGUGCCCUGUCCGCCCCUGCAGCUUCGUGUGAUGGACGCCUACGGCCAGUGGACCUGUCUCUGGGAGAGCCAGUUCAGAGCUCUGAACAUUCCUCACCUGCGCUCUCACACACUAGUGCACACCGAUCCACUCAACAAGAGGGCUUUGCAGGAGUUUGUGGUGGGAAGUGGUCGUGAGAAUGAGUUGCAUGGUCUCUCCGAACGUGUCUACAUCCAGGAUGAGAACGCCUUCUUCAACGACAACCGUCUGGGCAAGAGGGACAAGCAGCUGCUCAACAGCAGUGGUACAGGUCACCAGAGGGGCCUGUGCUUCAGCCUGCCCGGCACCCAGCUCAGUGUGGACUUCUUCAGAGAACAGGUUCGUAAAUACAAUUUGGACAGUGUGCUCAUCAAAGGGACAGUGGACAGAAUCGUCCCUGUGCUCUCCGGUAAGGAAGUGCUCUACUUCCGUGUGCUGACUCAAAGCGGUGACACUCUGGAGGCAAAAAGGGUGGUCGUGGCAACGGGCCCCACUCGAUCCCAGAUGGCUAACAUUCCGGCCUGGGUGUCGGCCGUGGGCGAGAACUACCCCGAGGAGACCCUGCAGCACACGGUCCAGCUCAUGCAUCACCUCGCCCUCCUCCGCUGGCAGCAGCGGGCAGAGAGCCCUACGCAGGAACACAACUAUCCAGCACCCCCAGGUCCACCAUCCGUGUGUCGUCCAGGACAGAAGCUGAUGGUGAUUGGUGGAGGCCUGACCAGCGCUCACAUUGUUUCCAUGGCGCUGCAGCAAGGAGCAAGUCAUGUCACCUGGCUGAUGCGCAAACACUUACAGUUGAAACAGUUUGAUGUGGGCGACGUGGAGAGCCUUAUCGGGCGCUAUUCCCAUGUUGAGCACGGCAUUAAGAUGGACGGCCUGGCCUUCCUGCGCCAGUUCUAUAACGAGCGGAGCCUCCAUAAACGGCUCGCCAUGAUCCGUCAGGCCAGGAAGGGAGGGGCCGUCACCCCGGAGGCCUACGCUCAGCUGCAGCCCUACAUCACCACUGGGCAGCUCACCAUCAAAGCCUACUGCCAGGUCUCUCAGGCUGAGUGGUGCUACCAGGGCCAGAUGUGGAGGCUGGCCCUCAGUGGUGGGGACCACUGGACAGGGGACAAGAUAUGGUUGGCCACCGGCUGCAAACUAGACGUGAGCCAAGACCCACUGCUGUCUGAUACAAUGAAGGCGUUUCCCAUACAGGUCAUUGAUGGCUGGCCGUGUGUUUCGGAAAACCUGCAGUGGGAUCCUGGAUGUCCACUCUACCUCAUGGGCCAAUAUGCUGCACUCCAGAUCGGUCCUCAUGCGGUAAAUCUAGCAGGUGGACAAGCAGCAAGUCUCCGGAUAGCUAAGGACAUCAUCAGCCAACACAGCGGAAUGAAGCAAUCAAAUACAGCACCUCGAACAACCCAGAAGGCGCGGACAGACGACUACAUUAUGAACAUGCAUGGCUUAAUGUGGCUCUGACGCAGCCAUUCAUGGUGAGAAUGACUCAGCAUUUUCGCUGGUAUACAAUGUUAGACAACACUUUGGCUAAAUCAUAAACUGUAACAAUUUUCAUGUAAUAGGGCCUAGUCUUUUCAAAAUAAAAUCUAUCAUGAGGCAGAUCAUUUCCAAAUAAAUAAUUGCCAAAGGAA